AUGGACAAGUCGUGGAGUUUCUCGUCAAGAAACAGUAAUAGUAAUGGGAGACAACAAUGGGAAUUAGGAGAUUUAGAGGAGCAUCUCCAUGAACGAGAUCUGACCUCUCUCCCACAAGUUUUGGAAGACGUGGAUUGUUUUCUCAAUAGCAUCACAACAAGUUCUCCUCAAAAAGAAGUUCCUAAUUGUGUAGUCGUGUUGACCAAAUUGUUGGAUUAUAUGAUGGAUAAAUACAAGAGAAGCAAGUUUGGGCAAGAGCCAAAAUUUGACAAGUACUUUCUAAAUGGUGUGGAUCGCAUCUUCAAACUAUCAAACACCUUGAGUUUGAGUCCUUCCUGCUUAGACAAAACAAGUUCCGUCCUAGAAAAAGCAAUGUCUAUUUUAGAAAAUGACCUUUGCGCCCUUCUUCAGGACCCUAAAUCCAAAACUAAUUAUUCUCGACCGGCAGUACCACCAAAGAAAUCAUCAUCCUUUGGUUCCCUUCAACUUCAAUUUCAACUUCAGGAUGAAAGGGAAAUCCCAAGGCCUAACAAUCAAGAUCAUGAUGACGACGACUUAUUGCCAACUUUCUCAACAGAAAAUAUUUCCAUUAUGAACAAAAUUGCCGACGUUAUGAUUAACAUGGGCUACCAUACAGAGUGUUGCAUGACCUUUACCAAUUUUAGGCGAAAUUAUUUCAAAGCUGCAUUGCGAAAAUUGGGACAAACGGGUGUAAGAAUGGAGGAGGUUUAUAAAAUGCAAUGGGAAUCGUUGGAAGGAGAAAUAGCUACGUGGAACAAAGUUUUUCGACAUUGCACGACAGUGCUUUUUAAUGCUGAACGAAAGCUAUACGAAUCCAUAUUUCCAAAUCAACACUCUGUAUCUCAAGGCAUGUUUGGUAAUCUUGCAAGAGGUGUUAUCAUCAAUUUUUUGAAUUUUGCACAAGCGGUGGUUUUAACCAAACCAUCACCAGAAAAAUUGUUCAAAUUCUUGGAUAUGUAUGAGACCCUAAGAGAUGACGUGGAGCCUGUUGUCUUACUCAUUAAUGACCAAACUUCCUCCUCCUCUUCCUCCUCCAUAUAUCCUUACGAUAUAGAGCAGUGUGCCAAGGAGCUUGCAUUCGAGAUAGCCACAACAAAGGAUAGGAUCGUAGACGCUGUCAUGGCGAUGUUCAGUGAUUUAGAAAACAACAUUAAGGGUGACAAUGAAAGGAUUCCGGUUCCUUAUGGUGCGGUUCAUCCAUUGACCCGUUAUGUCAUGAAUUAUCUUAAAUAUACAUGUGAGUACAAAGACACGUUGGAGCAAGUGUUUGAGCAAUGUCAUUGCAAUGAUAAUAAUAAUAAUACAGUAUUACAAGAGGGCACAAAGGCGAGCACAACCAAUACUCAAAAUGAAAAAAAUAAUAGUACAAUAGAAGAGGAAUCAGAGGGGACACCUAAUAGAUCACCUUUUGCGGUUCAAUUGAUGGCAAUCAUGGACCUUUUGGAUGCCCAUACCGAAAGAAAGUCCAAGCUAUAUAAGGAUUCGUCUUUACGAUGUGUUUUUCUAAUGAACAAUGGGAGAUACAUAGUGCAGAAGAUAAAAGGGUGUGCUGAUCUUCACGAGUCAAUGGGCGAUAAUUGGUGUCGAAGAAAACAAUUUAGUCUGAGGUUGCACCAUAAGAAUUAUCAGAUAGAUACUUGGAGUAAAGUGUUGCAGUGCCUCAACCCAGAUGGUCUGCAUCAACAAGGAAACAAGGUGUCUAAACAAGUUUUAAGAGAGAAGUUUAAGUGCUUCAAUGCGAUGCUUGAAGAGAUCCACAAGACACAGAGCACUUGGAUGGUGAGUGAUGACCAACUUCAAUCGGAGCUGAGGGCUUCAAUAUCUGCUUUGGUCAUACCUGCUUAUCGAUCCUUUCAUGGAAGAUUCAAACAUCAUCUAGAAUCAGGUAGACAUAGUGACAAAUACAUUAAGUAUCAUCCCGACGACAUUGAGACUUUGAUUGACGAUUUGUUUGUAGGAAAUAAUACGUCUAUGUCUCGAAGGAGGACAUAA